AUGUCCACAAUAGUCUCCAACAUCUUUUCCACCAUCGUUUCCUUCGUCAACGGCAUCAAAUACGGAUUCGCGUCGGGAUGCGAGAUCGUGGAGUGGUUAUGCACGUACGGAGGGCCCGCCUUCGGGGCGAUAGCUCGCUACAUCAACAAAAAUAGCGAAGCGCCAGUUGUUCUGCGAAAUCGUAGCGGAGGAAAGUUGAUCAGCGACAUGGAGGCUCAACACUCACCAGCCAACGACGCCGAUUUCGAGGAACUCAUCCGCGUUCGCCAGGAGAUUAAAACCCUGAAAAAAAUUCUCGACAAUCGAAGCGCACGUACUCGGCCUGGUACAUCGGAAGCGCACGAAAUUCAGCUCGACCGCUUCGAACUUGAGCGCAAGAAAGUUCUCAACGAUAUCGCGAUCGAGGCCCAAAUACGUGCCACCUACCCUGCGCGAGCCCUGUAUCUCGCAAUGUGCGAGACAUACGAUGUCGCUCCUGUCCGCACCGACUAG